AGUGAGUACAGAGUAAACCCGUACUUUUUCAAUCGCGAGGGUUGCUGGGAGGAGUUCCGAAUAUUUUCCUGAUCCGCCAUGAUUGUGGAAUGUCAGAAUAAAAUGACUUGAAAGUUAGUGGAGUUGAUAUGAUAAGUAUUGCUAAUACAACUGUGUUAAUGUAUAUAACAUUAAUAUGUUUUGAACAUUUUGUCUAUGUCAUGAUAUUGUGUUACUUUGCUUGUUGGGCUUGGUCCUAAGUGUUUUUCGUGGGGCGGAAUGAUACUGUAAAGUAGGCCGAUCCUUCUUACGCCAAAAUGAAAAUAUGAAUGAAGCUGCCCGCUCUACUGUUGAUAUCAUAUCCAUGUUUGGAACAGUUUGUGUAGUGUUCAUUUGGUGAUCCAUGAGGAUUUGUGUAAUUUAAAAAGGAAUGCGUGUUCUACCUCUGGACCACACAAUGACUGCUUUGUCCGUUUUUGUUUUCGAGUUCGUGGUCUUAACCUCAAAUUUGACAUUAGAUUGUAAACCAUGUUCGGGGAUGAUACUGUCAAAAUUGUUAACGAUGCAUGCUGUUAAUAAACGUUUGUAUCAUCGAGAAAAAGAUUUGCGGUGGUUUAAAGAAUUAAUAUGGAAGGGCAAGCGUCAGGAGAAAUUUCCACCAAUCCUUCAGCGGUGACCCUCUCAAGCAAUUCAAUUUUAGAAAAUACAGAUCUUGUAUUCUCAAGUGAAAGCACUUUGUUGAAUCAAUCAGACUCCAGGCUUGAAGAUGGUACCACAUAUAUCACAUUACCACUGUAUUCAAUGAUCAAUAAUUCUGUAAAUGAUGUAGGAGCAGUAUCUCAAAACUUUUUACUGAAAACACUCACAGGAAAUACAAUUCUUCUUGAUGCUAGUCAGUUGGCGUUGCUUACAGGAGGAACUAGUCAACUUGUGUUAAAUGGAGCAGAUCUCACUGAUGAAGGAAAUCCAAUUAUUCUUUCAGAUGAUUUAUUGUCUAAAGAUAAACUUGUUCCAAAGAACAGUAUUCUUCCAGAUAUGGGCAUAGGUAUAGAAACAGUAGAUUUAAGUGGUCUUACAAGUGGAGAUGAUGUUCUCUCAGUACAUAUGGACCAGACUUCUCAUCUUCAAACCUCAGGAAAUAGUAACACUCAUUUAUCGCUGAAUUUAGCUAACACAAUCUCGCCUCAAUUCUCACAGUCAUUAGUACCUGAGCCCAAGCAAAAAAGAGGUCCUGGGCGACCCAGGAGAGAAGAAUUAGAAGUUGAACCUCCUAUUGGGAAAGGCCCAUACUGUUGUGAAGUAUGUGGCAAAGAGUUUUCAAAAUGGUCCCAAAUGAAGAAGCAUCUCAAACUGCAUUCCGAUGAUAAACCAUUUACAUGUCCAGAAUGCCCAGCGUCUUUCAAUGUUGAGCAUAAUUUAACUCUUCAUCUGGUCACACACAAUACAGAAAAUCCAUCAUGUCCAGAAUGUAAUAAAAAAUUCUCUAGGAUGGCAAGUUUAAAAGCCCAUAUAAUGUUACAUGAAAGAGAAGAAAGUCUUUUCUGUCCAGAAUGUGGGGAUGAAUUCAGCACGCAGGCUCAGCUGGAUAUACAUGCUAAAGAACACCAAGAAGACUGGACCAAAACACCUACUUCUAAACUCUAUCAAUGUAGACAGUGCCAUCAACACUUCUCAAGAGCAACAUUUCUUCGGGAUCAUAUGAAAGAGCAUUACAAGGUCAAAGCCUCAUUAUCACAUAAAAGUCAUAAAAGAAACAUUGAUCGAAGUACUUUCAUUCACAAGUGUGAUACGUGUGCCAAGUGUUUUCAAAAACCUAGCCAAUUAGUUCGUCACAAGAGAAUUCAUACUGGUGAAAGACCAUUCAAGUGUGCUUUAUGUCCUCGGGCAUUCAAUCAAAAAGGCUCUCUUCAAAUUCAUAUGUCUAAACACAAUGGAAUUAAGCCAUUUCGUUGUGACUUCUGUGCUGCUGCAUUUAGUCAAAAAGGUAACCUUCGGGCACACAUUCUUAGGGUUCACACAAUUCCUCAUUCAGGUGAACAAGUUUACAAAUGUUCUGAAUGUACUUGUGUCUUUAAGAAACUUGGCAGUCUUAAUGCACACAUGAGUCGUAUGCAUUAUGCUUCUGAUGCUCACAAGGUGAAUUCAGAAAAUUUGGAAGAGCCAGAAUUAAUGAAUGUGAAUUUAGAUAUAAGUACAGGUGUGACAGGACCUACAGAUUCUAUAAAAAUAGAAGAUAAGACUGAAAAAAUUACCUCACAAACUGAUUCCGACAUUUUGCAGCAAGCUCUGGUGAACAGUGGACUUUCUGGAAAAGAUCAGUCUGUAAAUUCAGAUAUUAUGAAAGAUUCAUCCAGUAUUUCAAGAAGCAACACAAGUAGUCUGCCAACUUUUAAUUCAAAUGCUGUUUCAUCAAGUGCAAUAGUGAGUGAUAUGCCCACAUCCACUGUGCAUCAUCAUCCACACUUUUCAACUGGCAUUGUAAGGACAAAGCCUAGAAACUCAUCUUCUACAACUUUUGUUGCUUUGGCUGAGAAAGCUUUGGAUGGCUCAGUGCGGAGAUAUUAUAUUCGUCAGCGUCGUGUAGGCAACAUCCGAUGGCAUCAGUGUUCAUAUUGCAUUAAAGAAUUCAAAAAACCAUCAGAUCUGGUACGCCACAUCAGAACCCAUACCCAUGAAAGACCGUAUAAGUGCACACAUUGCUUCCGCUCCUUUGCUGUGAAAUCAGCCCUCACUGCUCACAUCAGAACACACACAGGAGUUAAAGAUUAUAUUUGUGGUGUGUGCAGCAAGAAAUUCUCAUCUGCAAGCAGUUUGAAAGUACAUAUGAGGUUACAUACAGGAACUAAACCCUUCGCUUGUCAACACUGCCCUAAAACAUUUCGGACAACUGGUCACCGCAAGACUCACAUUCUUUCUCACAUUAGAGAAUCUGAAGAAAAUUCUGAAGCCAAGCGAAAAAAUCGUGCUCCCAAGAUUGACUUAUCUACUCUGCCUCCAGUUACCCUUCAAGAACCAAUUAUUAUUACUGAAAAUGGAUUAGUGCAGUCGCAAGCACCCCAUAGCCAAAUAUAUCUUCCUGGUGAUACUAUUAGCUCAGAAAGACCUCAUAAAUGCGGAGUGUGUUGUGCAGGAUUCCGAAAAUCUAGCCAUUUAAAACAACACAUGAAGCGUUUGCAUACUGGAGAACGUCCAUUCAAAUGUGAGCAGUGUAAUAAGUGUUUUAUCUCAAAUGGUGUCCUGAAAGCUCACAUGAGAACUCAUGAGGGGAUUAAAAUGCAUAUGUGCCCUGUGUGUAACAAUCUUUUCUCAACUCAUGGAAGUCUCAAGCGACAUGCUGUUACACACAGUGAACAGAGGUCUGUGUUAUGUCCUUAUUGCCAUAAAACAUUUAAAACAAAAAUCAAUUGCCGCAAGCAUAUGAGAACUCAUCGCCCGGAAUUGGCUUUACAGUUUAUAUAUAAUGCAUUUGGACAUAAGUUCACAAGCAAUAAAAGAAUUUUGUUGCAAGAGAAUGGAAUUGAAAGAACCAGUGAUAAAAUGCAACAAUUUGCUGCUCAGCAGCAAGAGAAAGUCAACAAAAUAACUAAUGGAACCACAGGAUUAGAAAUUAAUGGUGCCUUUACUGCUACAUUAUCUGAAGAGUACACUCAGGCAUUCACCAACCAAGCAUUCACUCUUACUAAUGCACAACAAGAUCCCACAGAGGCAGAUUUUGCUCAGAAUGCUAUUGUUCAGUCAUUUACUACAGGAGAUUUGGGUACGCAAGCAGAUCUACAGGCCGUACAAGAAGUAAUUACUCAUACACUUCAUGCUGAUGCAUCUGGCACCAUCACGUUACCACUUGCAGAGCAACAUACAUUAACCCAGGAGAAUAUAACUGAAAUUGAAAGGACAUUAAAUGAACAGAUUUUUGGCCCCUCCGGAAAUGCUCUUGUAGAUGCUGGAGGAAACCCAUCAACUUUGGCCAUUACAACAGUGGGUUCCAGUAGUAAUAAUACAAAUGCUGUUAAUUGUGAUGAUCUAAAUGGUGCAGCAGAAAAUGUCAUGCCUGCUGAUGCAAGUGAUAUAGAGUCUAACACGACAGAUGAAUUGACUCACUCCCUAGCAGCAGCGGCUGCUGCUGCUUCUCCACAGACCCAGCAAAGUCUGGAAUUUGUCCUUUGUGAGGAGAGCCCAAUCAAACCAGCAAAGUCUGAUGCAUCUGGAAUUUUUGGUGCAUCGUUUGAUACUCAGCCUUUUGACAAUUGUGUUUUUUCUUCUGUUGCAUUACAGAGUGACCUGAAUCUUGAUCCGUUAGCUGACAAUACUGGUAUUGCAAGUAAUAUAACGAACAUUCUUCCACCGACUGAUGGCACUGGUUCAGAUCCCACACUAACAGAAACAUUACAAGAAAUUCAGAAUGAAUCUUUAGAGGAAGGUGCCACCAUUAACAUUUCUACCGGGGAAGUUUUACAAGGGCAGGAAAUGAUCAACGGAAGCAAUCAGGAUCUUUUGCAGGCAGCAGUGACCAUGAAUGGUGUAGGUGAUGGGUCAGAACAAUUACAGGAGGUCGGAGAUGAGGAAAACGAAGACUUAGAAGAGGAGGAUCAACAGCCCUUGGAUCACGAAGAUCAACCAGAACAUCUCAUGACAGGCCAUAAAAUGAGAGAUGGAUCUUGUAAGAGGCCUCAUGUAUGUGGGACUUGUAACCAGUCGUUCAAGAAAAUGUCUCAUUUAAAAUCUCAUUUCCGUUCCCAUUCGGGUGAAAAGUUGUAUGCUUGCAAUAUGUGCACUCAAAAAUGUAGUUCUACAAGUGCCUUAAAGGCUCACAUGAAAUUGCACUCGGGAGAAAAAGAAUAUGGCUGCCCAGUUUGUGGGUGUCGGUUUGCUACCAACGGCACUUUGACGAGACAUAUGAUGAUUCAUAGUGAUAAAAGGCCUUUCAAAUGUAGUUUAUGUGCAGCUCAGUUUCGUACUGACACUCAUUUACGCCGGCACAUAAGACUUCACGAACCUCGUGAAAAGAAGGGUGAAGUAGUAGUGCGAAAUACUGCUGAGCCACGACAAAGACGACGAGCUGCAGUUAUUCAGUUGACACCAGAAGAAACUCAAGUUCUUGCCCAGCAAUCCAUAGAUAGUGCAUCGUCAGUCUCCGAGAAAGUUUUAAUCUCUUCAGCAGCAGAAAAGGACAGAAUAAGUGAAUUGAAGGAUCCUGAGGAUCAAUAUAGAGAUGAACCACUGUUUGCAAAUCAGUGUAAAUACUGCCCUAAGAGUUUCCGUAAGCCAUCAGAUUUGGUACGUCAUAUCCGCAUUCACACUGGGGAAAGACCCUUCCAGUGUAGUUGCUGCAACAAGUGUUUUACUGUUAAAUCCACAUUAGAUAGCCAUAUGAAAACCCACAGUGGCCAGAAACUAUGCACUUGUCAUGUGUGCAGCAGGCUCUUUGCCACCAAAGGCAGUUUGAAAGUGCAUAUGCGGCUUCACACAGGUGCCAAGCCAUUCAAAUGCCCAAUGUGUGAAAUGAGAUUUCGGACAUCUGGUCACCGCAAAGCUCAUCUUAUAUCUCAUAUGAAAGAAGCUCAAAAUUCCAAAUCCAAUUCUUCAAGCAGUUUAAAAUCAUCAAAGAAACGUAAAUUGUUAUCUGCAGAAACAAAUCCGGCUUCCGCAUCUGGAACUGAACCCCAACUUGAUGUUAGUGAUUCGCAACUGAAUCCAAUGACUCAUAUAACAUUAGAUCCUUCUGCUUUAGGAAAUCUGCUUCCUCUUACUGCUGGAUCUGAUCCUCUUGGUUCUACUGCAUUGUUAUCAAACAAUGCUGAUGGCAGUACUGUUGUAAAUAACUUACAGUUCCAAUUGACAGAUGGCUUUCAGAUCACUGGCAUUGAUUCAUCUGGAGCAUUACUAACUCAAUCUCUACAGUUGGAUGAAAAUCUUCUCCAACAACUGCAGCAAACAUCUAAUAUAAUAAUUCAAACAUCCUUGCCUGGUGUUAUUUCGGAUGAUGCAGCAGAAAGUGUUGAAAACACUAAUGUAACUCAACAGGCUGUAAACGCUUUGAGUGGAAGUAUGCCAUCAGUUCAGUAUGAAGUUCAUACAGAUGAAACUGGUCAGAUAAUCAAUAUUCAACCUGCGAGUGAUAAUAUCAAUGCAGGAAAUGUGAUCUUUAAUGUUGGUAAUGUUGGCAGUGAUUUGGGUUUGCAAGUCUUAGACAAUUCGGAUUCCACUUUAACUCUUUCUGAUCAACCCUUACCUUCUAGAUAUCGGGUAACAGAUAGUCUUAAAGGUGGAAGAACUUUGACCGCUGUGAGUGAAAGCCUAGAUAAGAAAGACGCUCCUGAAGAUCCGUUGGAUGCUGAUGAUGACUUUCUUGUUUUCCACGACUGUGAAACAUGUGGCAAAAGAUUUUCUAAACCCAGCCAGUUGGAACGGCAUAAUCGUAUUCAUACUGGAGAACGACCAUUCCAGUGUCAUUUAUGUUAUAAACGCUUCAACCAGAAAAACGCCUUAAAUACUCACAUUAAGAGCCAUACAGGGGAAAGGCCCUUUGCAUGUCCACACUGCGAUUACUCUUUCACCCAAAAAGGAAAUUUGAAGACUCAUCUACGACGUGCUCAUAGAUUCAGUUCAUUAGAAUUUAUCAAGACUACAAAUUCUCCUUCCAAGUCAGUAUUGAAGAUAAAGCAACCUACUCUUACAGUUUGUAAUACUGAAAUAGGAAAUUCAUUAGAGCAAGUUGUUUGUGACCUCUUUCCUUAAGACUGUUGGGAACAAGGUGUUGUCCAAGAAUUAUGUUAAUAUAGAGAUUUGUGAAUUAUAUAUUAUUUCUGACCACAGCCCAGAAGUACAAAGUUUGUGUAAAUAGAGAUUGUAUGCCUGGAAAGAUUAACUUAUGCAUUGUUAUUAAAAAAUGUAUGUAAAUGAAAUUGUACAUAUUUUCUAAAUGAAUUUUUGUCAAUCAGUUUUUAUAUGCAUAUGUAGAAUCAGAUAAUGUAAUUAUUGUAAAUAUAAUUACCAUUAUUUAA